UCCACCUUCCUGUGCCUUCCUUUUCCGUGGGUAUCCCCUCGGUGGCCUCUAUAAAAGUUCGGAAGAGCCUCGACCGCACGCCACACGCGUGAAAGCUUCGCAAGUGAAACGCUCGACAUUCCUCUUUUUCUCUACGUGCCUCACAUUUCGGGAGUACCGCCUGAGCCACCGGCGCACACGUGGGAGAAAAUGCGGACCACCGCGGGCACGAUUCUCGCGAUCGCCUGCUCGUCGAUCGCGCUGGCGCUCGCAAAACCGGCGCCGGAGCCACCGAUAAGCUCGUACUUUCCACCCUCCGGAGGUGGUGGUGGUGGUGGUGGUGGCGGUGGCGGCGGCAGCUACGGGCCGCCCGCACCCGCGUACGGCCCGCCGCAACAGAACCCGGUGAUCCACAAGCACGUGUACGUCCACGUACCGCCGCCGGAAGCGCCGGAGUAUAAGCCACCCAAGCACAUACCGCAGCCAGGGCCGCCACAGAAGCACUACAAGAUAGUGUUCAUCAAGGCGCCGACUCCGCCUACGCCGACCGCGCCACAGCUGCCACCGCUGCCGCAGCCGGACGAGGAGAAGACGCUCAUCUACGUCCUGGUGAAGAAGCCGGAGGAGGCGCCCGAUAUCGUGCUGCCGACGCAGGCACCGACGCAACCCAGCAAACCCGAGGUCUAUUUCAUCCGCUACAAGACUCAGAAGGAUCAAGGCGGCAACGAAUACGGCCCACCGGGACAACAACCGGGGCAGCCCAUUGACAGUUACGGGGCACCACAACCAGGCCCCAGCGGGCCGUACUAGGUUCAUCGCACGCGAGCACACAUCACCCUCAUCACCCUCGAAACUCCCGGCAUUUUACGGAGGCAAAUAUUUAACUACGGCGACUACUCUCGGCCGCGAUUUCGCAAUAUGUGAACGCGAACAAGCGAGCCCGGAUGGAUAAUCGUAGGAACCCAGCAAACACCAUGUUACAUGUAACGUAAAUGUUAGUUGUAAUUUCCCACUCAACAAUAUAACUGUUAUAUAACACACUCGUUAUAUAACAGUUACAUUGUUGAGUGGGAAAUUACAACUAACAUUUACGUUACAUGUAACGUUGUGUUUGGUGGGAAGGAUGUAUAUAUCGCCUGUAUCUCGUAAGAUAGGCCGCAUGGCGUUUAAAGGUGCUUAAGAGGCAGACGCUUCGUGUUGCUAAAGCCUACUCGUGAUGCCGCUCGCACACUCACAUACACACACGUACAGAUCCAAACAUACACAAGUGCAUGGUCCUUGAACGACCGAGUACCGAGUACAACACUUGCUGCGGUUCUCUGUUGAAAGAAAUAUUUAAAAAAAAAGGCGAAUUUUUUUAUAUAAUAUAUACGAGACGUCGAUGUUUCUUCUGUAUCUUUUAAGAAAAUAAUCGUAAAUACAUUUUUUUAUAUCAAA